UAGCCAUGUCAUAUUCUUGAAAGUCCGUUCUUGUUUCGCGUGUCCAAAGAACCAGCGUUUUCGGUUACAAGAGUAAAUAUAUAUAUAUGUAUAUACGUUCAUUUUAUGUUUCCAAGAGGGGAGGCUAGUUGCUUUAUAAAUGCUUAGAGAUGGGCAAGUCGAACUGCGGCAGGGGUCAAUUUAAAUUUAGUUAUUUAGCGUAAUAUGCUCAAAUCAAUAGCACACUUCAGUUCAGUUGUUUUGCAUCAGCGCACUUCGGUUACAAUCUUGCAAAAAAUCAUGAUUCAUCAACAAACUAGUUUAAAAUAGAUGCAAUAGUAGAUACAGCUAUGUCAUGCUGUGGUGAUGAUUUUUUUCGCCUAGCGACAAGAUAAUGAUUAAAAAAUUGCUUCGUUGGCGGAUUUUCUAUUACGUUGGCGAAAUAACGCAGAUUUUUAUUACGUUGGCGAAAUAACGCAAUUCUUUGCUGAAUGCUCAAUGGACAAUACUAAACAAAAAAGUCUUGCGUAUCGCUGCCAAAUGUUGUAGUAAUGAUGUAUAUGAAAGCCUUUCAAUCAUUAUCUCCUUCAGCUUUUUAAUUAAUAAGACAAUUUUGUUUCUGAAUAUUUCACAGCCAUAGGCAGCGCUUUCGUUCUCGUGGAGCUCGCGCGUGUAUACACGACUUGUGUACACGCGCGAACCCCACGAGAACGCAAACGCGAUUUUACCACUAACUACUGGACUGCCUUAUUUCAUGUGACUGAUUUUGAAUAUAACCUUGAUUUCAAUAACUAUAAUCACUAGGAAUCAAUGAUAGUAAUUCUCGACUUCGUCUUGGGACAAGUGUAAAAAGUGUGUAAAUUCCGAUUUGACAAUAAUAAAUUUUGACAUUCCAUUUAUUUGUGGCGACACUUUUAUAAUCAAAUUUGCCACUGUCACCAUGACGUGUACAACACCGCACCAUUUCGAGCAUCAAUAUGAUACUAAAUGCAAUAAUUUAAUCCUGAGAUUAGGUUAGGAUUAGUGUCUGAUUUAGGAUCACAGUUAACCAUAAUCAACCGUGACCCUAAUCUAAGACCAAUCCUAAAUUAAUCUCAAGUAUUCAAUUCGUGUUUUUACCGAUGAUGGAAUUAUUACCAAUACCUUCGUCUUACUAAAUUCCGCCAUCAUGACGAGCAUCCUCGUCAUUAUAACACGAAUAGACACUUCCUGAAUUUGCUGCAUGGAGUUAACACAGAACAAUACCUUGGAAACGAGGCGAACAAUGUAAUCUUUUGUUUGUGGGAUGGUUUUUAUUGUCCUAGAAGAAAUUCGGGAGGUGUCUAUAUAACAAACAAUCACAAUGUUACAAACGCCUUUUAUUCAUAAACACACCUUUUAUAGCACCAUAAAAAUACUGCAUGUCAUUACAGAAAAAAAACCACGAUGAUCACAAUCACCACUAAUUUCACAAGUCCACAGUUUUGCCGAUAUUCAAAUAAAUGAAGCGAUUCACGGGGCUCACUCAUUAAUGUUUCGAAAUGUGAGAAAAUAACACUAAAAAAUUAAAUUGUUUGUGUUGCAAUAUUCCGCCUCUUUGCUUUCCCAGAUUUUAAUUACACACAUUCAUGAUGCUUUCAUUCUAUGCAGACAAAGAAUAAGCUUCAUAAAGCGCUUGUAGAUUCAGCUGCGGCGACCACAAUGAGAAAAUAUUUUUUCCUUAAUACGUCUGCAUAGCAUCUUCUUUCAUGCUUUUAAAAGUAAACCCCUCCUGUCAUAUAGUGGAAGAUUAAUUUAGAAAUUUUAAAACAAGUAAAAGAUGAGCUUAAACGCACAUAAUUUUAAGACAAUUCAAUGAAUCAAAUUAGAAAUGGGUUUAUAUUAAGUGCGGCUGAGUAAAUUAUUUGUACGUUCAGGCAUGAUAGAUUACUGUCGCUCACAUUGAUUUAUUCUGGUCUGAGGCUUCUUAUAGGCCAUUUUAAAUGCAUGUAAACGCAUUAGUUUAUCCAUUCUCGUGUUCGUCUUAACGCACUGAAAGAAAAAUUUGUUUGGAAACAGCGUCAUCAUGAAAAGUGCGUUUGUCUAAUUUGAAAUUAAAGCACGUUUUCGGCUGCAACAGGAGGAAUUAGACGCGAAACGUUUAGACGAUGUACGUCAAACUGAGUAGGACUAUAUUUAAAAACAUGUUGCAAACAGUUCUUACGUCUCAACAAAAAUUACUUACAAUUACUUAAACAAAUUCUCUCGAAAAACCUAUCACACGUUUACAGUCACAAGCAAGAUUUAAAUGUUUUAAAGACCUUAAAUACCAGAAUUCACAGUCAACUUGCAAUUGAUAUUUCAAAAUUAAUACUAAAAAUAUUUCAAUUCUGCUAUUUCAACAGUUUUCAUUGCCCAAUUUUAAUAAAACUUUGCUAGCAUACGUUCAUUUAUGAUAAUUGCGUUUUGUCUCUAGAGCACAUAUUUAAUUAAAAUUCGCCAUUUUCUGUUUGCAGUCACAACUGUCGUCAUCAACUCCGUCAACAACUGCUUGCCGCUAAAAUUAGUCGGCCUGUGAGUCCUCAAAAUGGAAAGACAACACGCCAGAGAAGCGGUCAGACUUCUAAGGGAAAAGAAGGUGGAAGGCGUCGAAAAUCUUCAAAAGAGUGACUCGGAACUUGUUAAAAUCGCCACGGAUAUCGCGUUAGGAUUACAAAGUGGGAAGAUGCCUGAAUGCUAUAAGCUGAUUGAGAAGGAUCUUACCGCCUAUACUGAAGAGCUAAACGGGAAAAGUAAUCUCGGAUCUUCUUCACCAGAGAUAUUUACACAACGUUUGCAUGAGCAAGAUAACUUAGUUGAGGAAGAAAUUAUUGAAUUAACAAGCUCCAGUGAUGAAAAAAGAUCACCGACGGAGUUGAAAAAGAAAAUAUUAUCUGUUGGAACACUCAUCAACUCACUUCCUUCAAAAAACCUUCGUACAACCGCAAGAUCUCCUUCACUUAAUCUAAAACUACCCUUGAUUACAGACAGUUUCAGACGUUCAUCCUCCUUUGCUGCGAUCAAUAGAAACGUUAAAGAACGAUCAGUACGCCAAAGCAAACUUCCAUCGACUGCAAUAGGGCUGCGCUCAGAAAGAGUUAGAAUGGGAGUCGACAGGAACAGGAAAAAGUGCUUUGAAGAUCUGCAAAACCUUGGAAUGGAGAAGUUGAAGAUUUCUUCAGCUUACUGGGAAACCCCUUUUGAUCCACUCAGAGAGCGCGUUCUCACUGAUGAAAAGUUUUUUACGAUCACACGGCAGAAUCUGAAAAUGAGCAGGAUAUAUCUUUAAGCAAGAAAGAAGUUCUUGUACAUACAGACUAUUGGGAAAUAAGAAAAAUUAUGCGUUUUGUUAGGAUCGGUAACCCGACAGCUACAGUCCUGGCACUUUGUGCUCUCAAGGAUCUUGAUAUACAAAAACCUUCAUUUAGUGAAAUAAUUCGUCAUCUUCACGGCAUCACUUUAUUCCUUAAUAUCCUCGAUACUGAUAACCGUCGAUGCAGGGUCGCUGCAUUAAAGGUCCUUUUGUAUUUGUCAAGUUCCCCAAAAACAUCCAACAUCAUUUUAAGGAGAAACGGCAUUCAACAGCUUGUGUCAGUUCUCAGCGAGGAUGACAAAGUUAUUGUGUCUUUGGCGUGUGAUGUUCUCUCGUCUCUGGCCAAACACAGGAACGUUCGUGCGGCUGCAAAUAAAAUAAACAUUAUAGAGAAGCUGAUGUCGGUAUUUAAAGUUUGUGUACCGAAGUUCAACUUGGUGCAAGAUGAUAGGCUGGAAUUAUUUCGCAGUGUUUGUAAUGCUCUGUGGAGUUGUUGCCUCUCGAUCAGAGAUAAAGAUGUCAAGAUUAUAUCAGAAUCAUUGAAUGUCUUUUCCCGUUUGGUGGAAACCCAAGAUGAGGAACUCGUAGUACCUUUGCUAGGAAUUGUUGAAGAGUGUGCAAGUGUGGAAUACUUUCGUAUUGAAUUGGAAAAAGAAAAUUUUAUAGAGAAAGUGAUAGCGAAAAUAGAGGGAAGUGAACGAACUGAAGUCCUUUCUAUCAAGAUUCUUUUCAAGUGUGCUGGUGAUGAGAGGACGCAGAGGACAUUGUUGAAAGCAAACAACGUACAACGAAUAGUGAAGCUUUUUAAACAACAUUGUCAAAGAAAUAACGAGGAAAUGUUAACUUUACUUCCUGGUAUAAUCUGGAGGUGUUCUUUGAAUAAGGAAUACAGGGAAAAGUUUGAAGCUCACGAAAUUUUCCCUCUCGUUUCAAAUAUACUCCAGUCUGAUAAAAACACACAGGUUAAAGGUUCUGCACUAGGUUUGUUAGCAGAACUGCUAUGGAAUGAUGCUUACCUGGAGGCCAUCAGCAAUCAUGAAGUUAUAAACCUUCUGAUCGGUUUCAUGUCGCUAACGGAACCCGCGAUGUUGUUGUACGGCGCACGUUCGCUUGGAGUAUGCGCUCGUAAUAAUGCUCUGAGAAGAAAAAUCUUACAACUUGAUGGUCUACGGUUACUGUGGUCUUUGUUAAAGAAUCCCGACCAGGAGAUUGUUGCAAGUAGCGCCGCAGCCUUGGCGUCUGUUUGUGUGGAACCUGAGGAGUCAGCGAAUGCUGUACGCUCAAUUGUCGGAGGAAUAGAACUUCUUAUGUCGUUAUUAUCCGCUACGGAACUGAAAAGAUACAAAGUUUUGAUAUGUCUGUGUGAAGCUGCAGUGAGCAUCGCAAAAGACGCGGAGAAUCGUUCCAUCUUGGUAGAUUAUGAUUUAAUUCCAGUCCUUCUUAGAUUACGUGAAUCGAAAAGCAAGAUAUUAAGAUACUUCGUUACAAGUCUUAUUUCAAGGUGCUGUGAAUCCUCACGAGAGCGAAAUGUUCUCUCACAAUGUAUACCAUACUUGAUCGAGGGGCUUGGAGACGACUUUGAUGAGCACGUCCACUGUGUGUCCAUCUCAGCAUUAAACAAACUCUCACAUGACUUUGAGAACUAUCCUGAUGAAUCUGCUGGCAUCAAGUAACGAAAAGAUACAAGACGCUGCCGCUGAAUGUUUGUCUAAUGUGAGAAAGUCCAUUGUGCACAUGUCACGCGGUGAGCAUUGAUUAUUACGUAGAGAGUAGACCGCAUUUUUGGCAUAGAUUUCUGCAUGUGAAGCCAGAUUACUAAUUUUAGCUUAGCAAUCUGGCUAAAUGAAAUCUUCAAAGUUCAAACAGUGUUCGCAUACAUACGUUAAACUAUAUUCCAGUCAAUUUAAACAAGACCAGCAGAUUGCUGUAAAUAUGAUCAUUUAUAAAAUACAGUAUGUACAUAAAUUUGUAUCAUAAAAGUUGAUCCUGUAACGACAAAAAGCAGUGAAUUUUAAUAUAAAAUUCAGUUAAAUAUACC